AUGGCACCAAGCCGCUCUUCAUCCUGGAGAGCCAUACACGACGAGAAAGAAGUCCCGCCCUUCACCGUCAAACUCCAACACAAAGACACGCUCGAACUCCACGGCAUCUGGCCUCGAAGCUUCUCCGGCAAAUUCAAAAUGGCCUGCCGCAAGGUCGCCCGUCGCUGCAGCAACACCUUCCCCUUUCCCGCUCUGUCGAGCGCGUUGGGAAACCGCAGGGCUUCUGUUGAUACGGCCUGGGCAAACGAGCAGUGGCGCUCACACACCCGAGAGCCGUUGCAGGUGGCCCAGGCGGCGAGGACAUCGAAAGGGGAGCCGACUUAUGAUCGGCCGCGGAUCGACAGUCGCUUUACUGGAGUGGAUGCCCACGAAUUGCAUCGGCAUCACGACAUGUCUGCUCACGCGGAUGCUCGUCAGGUGGAGAGGUGGUUUGACGACGACAGUGAUUGA